GGGUGGAGAGGAAUUUUUUGUUUAUUUUCGUGGCUAGCUAACCGAUAGCCGGACUGGUGUUGGCUUAAUUGUUGUAGUUUUACCCAAGUGCAAUAAGGCGAAAAGAUAAAGGAGUGCGCUUUCGCUGGUAUGCUAUUGUGAGAUCUUUUUAUAUUCCUAACUCGCCAUUAACAGCGCGUAUUACAACAUGAGAACAACUAACCUUAGCAAGCUAACGUGAAGUUGGUGAACGUGUUAGCAUUAGCUGUUAGCCUGUGCGCUUUUUUAACGUUAACGCAAACGAGUUAUCAUUACGUAGCGUGUUAAUAUUUAGCUCGAUCGAGAAGAUUCGUUGUCAUCAAACAUUACCACUGGGGCAGUGAUUGCUGUGAGACGAAAUCACUGUUUGAGCUUGGGCUGCACCAGGUCAACAGCAUUUCCAUUUGGCAUUGCUUCACUUCAAAGUAUAGAGGAUACAGCUGGAAAGUCUCCCCAAGGUUGAAACCUAAGGAGCAAGAUGUCAAUCACGAACACUCCUACAAGCAAUGAUGCCUGCCUGAGCAUUGUGCAUAGCCUUAUGUGCCAUCGACAGGGAGGAGAGAGUGAAAGCUUUGCUAAAAGAGCAAUUGAAAGUCUUGUCAAGAAGCUGAAAGAGAAGAAAGAUGAGUUGGAUUCUCUCAUCACAGCCAUCACUACAAAUGGAGCUCAUCCAAGCAAGUGUGUAACUAUACAGCGAACCUUGGAUGGACGUUUACAGGUGGCUGGGCGCAAGGGUUUUCCCCAUGUAGUGUAUGCUCGACUGUGGAGGUGGCCAGACCUACACAAAAAUGAACUGAAGCAUGUGAAAUACUGUCAGUAUGCCUUUGACCUAAAAUGUGACAAUGUAUGUGUCAACCCAUACCACUAUGAGAGGGUGGUCUCUCCUGGCAUUGAUUUAUCAGGACUGACCCUUUCAAGUUCAGGUCCACUUUUGGUAAAGGAUGAGUAUGACUAUGAUAACCAGCAGUCCCACUCCAGCUCUGAAAGCCACCUGCAGACCAUCCAGCAUCCCCCAUCGAGGCCUGGUCCUCAAGAGACUUUCAGCACCCCAGCACUCCUCCCCCCUUCAGAGGGCAGCAGCUCAGCUUCAACCUCUGCAUUCUCUACAAUCACUGCUGGACCUUCAAAUCCUACUCCCAACUGGAGCAGAGGCAGCAGUUUCACCCCAGCAGUGCCCCAACACCAGAAUGGGCAUCUACAGCAUCACCCCCCUAUGCCUCACACCGGCCAUUACUGGUCAGUUACCAAUGAAAUUGCGUUCCAGCCCCCCAUAUCCAAUCAUCCUGCGCCAGAGUACUGGUGCUCCAUUGCCUACUUUGAGAUGGAUGUCCAGGUUGGGGAGACAUUUAAGGUGCCCUCAACAUGCCCGAUAGUGACGGUGGAUGGCUAUGUAGACCCGUCAGGAGGAGAUCGCUUCUGCUUGGGUCAGCUGAGCAACGUUCACAGGACAGAGAACAUAGAGAGAGCAAGGCUUCACAUCGGCAAAGGAGUGCAGUUGGAGUGCAAAGGUGAAGGAGAUGUGUGGGUACGCUGCUUGAGUGACCACGCAGUGUUUGUACAGAGCUACUACCUCGACCGUGAGGCUGGACGUGCCCCAGGAGACGCAGUUCACAAGAUCUACCCCAGCGCUUACAUCAAGGUGUUUGACUUGCGUCAGUGCCACAGGCAGAUGCAGCAGCAGGCGGCGACGGCUCAGGCGGCGGCUGCGGCCCAGGCAGCAGCGGUGGCUGGAAACAUUCCUGGACCUGGCUCCGUGGGAGGCAUCGCUCCUGCCAUCAGUUUGUCUGCUGCCGCAGGCAUCGGCGUCGAUGACCUGCGCAGACUGUGCAUCCUGAGGAUGAGCUUUGUCAAAGGAUGGGGGCCGGACUACCCUCGGCAAAGCAUCAAAGAAACGCCCUGCUGGAUCGAGAUCCAUUUACACCGAGCUCUACAGCUGCUGGAUGAAGUCCUGCACACCAUGCCCAUAGCUGACCCGCAACCUCUGGACUGAGCCGGAUCAGAGACAUAAACUGUACAUAAAUAAAAACAAACAAAAAAAGAAGAAAUUGGGGGGAAAAAAUUCAGCCUGCAAGCGCUCCACCUCCAGGUGUAAAGUAUCUGAGGGGAAGUGCACACAGGGACGCCCCGCUGAGUAGGUGGUAGGACUAGGAACAGGACAGGAAGACCAGCAGGACAGUCCAGAUCCACUGAGUUCUCAGAUCCAGCCUCUGGCCUCAACACAGACUCCAGAACAACAGCCGGAGAACUUGGGAGUCAGCGCCGGGAACAUUCUACACCCAGAACUGAAGCAGCGACUCAAAGCUGACAAAUACUAAAACCCCUGAACAUCCACACUGAGGCGAUGAAACGCAGAAAGAGUCUGGAGAAGUGGACCAAGAAAAGUCUGCUGGUCCUUCUGUCCACAUCUGGAGUGACCCUCCUGUUUCUGAGCCUGUUAAAGGUCCAGUGUGUCCCACACAGAAGAUUCAAUCACACAAACUGGACAGACUCCUAAUUGUGUUCUGUUGGUUUUCUUUUCACAUGGAGGGAGGGGGUCGCCGUUCACAGACCACCAUGUGUCUACACUUUCACAGUCCAACCCAGAAUGAAUAUCCCCUUCAGUAAAAACCCAGCAUGAAACAGGGACUUAAAGAGGCUGAUGGGACAGCUCAGUCCUCUUAGUCCUCUUCUACAGACCAAAUAGGACAGUAGACCCUGGGGCCACUGGGGGGGCGUAGACACCAGUGAUCAGGAAGAUUCAGCUACAGCUGUAUUUUACAAAAGCAAUCCACAAAUCUCUAAACCAGGGGGGUCAAAUAUACGGCCCAUUGGAGACAACCGGCCCACCAGAGGGUCCGGUCGGUCCGGCCCACCAGAGGGUCCGGUCCGGCCCACCAGAGGGUCCGGUCCGGCCCGUGGGUUGAAUCUGUGAAAUGCAAAAAUGACAGUAAAAACAUUAAGUCACUGUCAAACUCAUUUUAGUUCAGGUUCCACGUCAACUGGAUCAGACAGUAAAAUACUACCACAAUAACUGAGAAAUAAUGACAUUGUUUUAGUAUGAAAAAGUAAAAUUACAUGAGAAUGUUUCCAUUCCUACCUUUUCACAACCAUAAAAUGUCUGGGAAAAAAAAUCAGUGUAAUUGUACCAAUAUUCAGCCUGUUGUUAAAUGUUUAGUGUAUUUGUAGAUCCACUGGGAUCUGUAUGUGGAAAUGUACUUGUGGAAAUGAUAAACAAA